ACCGCACGAAGUUUGAAAAAAACUGCCGAGCAUCGCCGAGAGCAUUGACGCUUCCUCUCGACCCGAUUGCGCAUGCAGCUUCGGUAAUCGCCCCCGCGUGCCUACAAAUAUGCAUUCCUCGUAUCGUGAGCUUUCCGUUGAUAUCUUACUGGCCCGAGGAGGCUCUGUUUUGCGUAUUCUGAUCAACAUAAAUUCAUUCGAUGAACGCGAUACUUGACCUGCUGGCAACCUUUUGCAGCUGUAGUUAAUUAUCAGAAGUCACAAUCAUUGCAUGAUAAGUUCGGUCACUUGGUGACAAACGCGCGGUAUUCAUCAUGGGGGCGACACGGAAAUUACAAGGAGAAAUCGACAAAGUGCUCAAGAAAGUGCAAGAAGGUGUUGAUGUUUUUGACAGUAUCUGGAACAAGGUUUACGACACUGAAAAUGUUAAUCAGAAGGAGAAGUUCGAGGCAGAUUUAAAGAAGGAAAUUAAGAAGCUACAGCGUUAUCGUGAUCAAAUUAAGAUGUGGAUUCAAUCUAAUGAGAUCAAAGACAAAAAGGCUCUUGUUGAGGCUCGGAAGCAGAUAGAGCGAGAAAUGGAACGAUUUAAAGUGUGUGAAAAGGAAACCAAGACAAAAGCUUUUUCUAAAGAAGGCUUGGGCCAGCAACCAAAAACGCAGGAUCCUCGAGAUAAAGCAAAAGGGGAGUCACGAGAUUGGCUUAACAAUAUGGUUAGUGAGUUGGAAUCACAAAUCGACUCUUUCGAAGCAGAGAUGGAGGGUCUUCAAGUCAAAAAGGGAAAGGCUCGACCUCCUCGUUUGACCCAUCUUGAAGAAUCAAUCAACCGACAUAAAUUGCACAUCAUAAAAUUGGAGCUAGUGUUGCGUCUGCUGGACAACGACGAACUUUCCGCCGACGAGGUGCAAGAAGUGAGACAUUUAGUUGAGGAUUAUGUCGAACGUAAUCAGGAGGACUUUGAGGCUUUUGAGGAUGUUGACGACAUAUACCAGUAUUUACCUCUGGAUAAAAUUGAAGCACUGGAAAACCUUGAGGCAAUACCAAAUGUCGCUCCUUCUAUUGUCGUUAAAGAGAAGGCGGCAGUUGCAGCAGCCUCUGGAGUUGGUGUGCCUCCUCUUGGCUCUGUAUUGAAACCAACCAUUAUACUGCCAGUUACCCAAUCUGCUAUGUCUUCAUCACUUGGAAUAUCCCCGCUGGUUUCACCAUCGUCACAACCGGUCGGCAACGAUGAUACUGUGACCUCUUCAGAAUCAUCCGCUGAGUCUCCAGGGACCCGGACACGAGGCACACCUACGUUAGCAAUGUCUCCCACGAGCAGCACUCCAAAGUCAAGCUCUCCCGCAGUUGUACUUAGUGUUAGCCCAGUGGGGAGUGCAGGGGUUCCUUCCCCUUCUACUGGAGCUGGAUCUCUGUCGCGACAACUUGGCAAUUUGAAUAUUACAGGUACUCCGACUGGCAUCUCACCUGUAAGGCCUGUCCCUGUAAAGUCUUUAUCCACAACUCCUGCUCUGCAACCUGCUGUUCUGCAAGGUCGAGUUAAGGAGGAUGAGACAAGUGCGCUAUCAGGACGGCGGGUAGGACCAGGACUGGGUGGAAAUUCUACCAGAGGACAAUCUCCUCCUCCUGUCACAGCAUCUGGAAGUGCAAGCCCUCUAGUGUCUCAAAUGGAUUUAAGCAAGAGACUUGGUCUUACUGGUGGUGAUGACCGACAUCCAACAGGCGGCGGUUUGUCACAGCAGUUCUCUGGGACUUUAGGUAGUGGAAACCGGGUGUUCGGACCGGGAGGUUUGGGUGACAAUGGCAUAGGGGCAUCAGAUACUGGACUACCGGGCACUCGUUUGUUUCCAGCCGGGAAUAUGCCAGCGGGUGGACAGUGGCGUCCGCAUUCUGCCAACUCACAAGAAACGGGACCAUAUCAUGUGCGAUCCGAGAUUAUGCCGGAUCAGAAACAAAAGUUCUUACAACGGUACCAGCAGACACAGCAAGGCCACUCUGCUGCUUCUCUGCUUACAGGUGGGCCUCAGCUUUCAAGCUCCUCGCUAAAGCAACCUCCUGGUCUUGCUGCUCCUCAGGCCCAGCUUCACAUAACGCAGCAGCAACAGCAGAAUAUAAUUCUGUACCAGCAAAAUUCGAUGCUGGGAGCAUCUCAAAACGCAACUACUCAGAGGCAAUCAUCUCUUGGUUUGGUUACAAGCCCACAGUCACCUUCUCCUUCUUCCACACCCGUACCAACACAUUUGUCGCAGGGGUUAUCUAUAUCUUCUCCACAACAGUUAACACAAGUGUCCUUAUCCUCGGCUACCUCUCCAUCUGAACAUGAUACAAGCGGUAGAAGAGUGGAGUCAGCACAGCAACAAAUGCCCUCGCAGCUGCUUAAAUCGUCAGAAGAUUCUGCUGCUGAUGUUUCAUCUUUGGGAUCAGCCUUCAGAAGUGGCAUGACAUUGAGUGACGAUGACCUGAAAAAUUCGGAUACCUUCGAUGUUUCUGGACCCAAAGAAGGUGACAGUUGGUAUGACAAAUCUACCCUGCAGGUCGGGACACCGGGCACACUUGCGGACUACAGUCAGCAAUCUCGAGAUGCUGAUCUUGCAUCAGGGCAGCAGAGCCACCAUCCACAAUCCUCUAUGAAUCCAGGUGUCAUUGGACGGCGGAAUGUGACCGACCUUGGCGCCAUCGGUGACAAUUUAACACCAGCUUUGGGCCGCGAACAUUUUGUAGCACAACACGAGGCUUUGGAACAUGCAUACAGGAACCUACCUUUGCCAAAGGAUUCAGAAAGGCCCAAGAGCUAUACUCCUAGGUAUCCAACUAUCACUCCUGCUUCCUAUCCGCAAAUGCAAGCCCCAGUUAUCGAUAAUCCAGCCCUUUGGGAACGUUUAGACAAGGAUGUGCUCUUCUAUGCCUUUUAUUAUCAGCAGGGAACAUAUCAGCAGUACUUAGCAGCUCGGGAGUUGAAAAAGCAAUCAUGGCGGUAUCACAAAAAAUACAACACAUGGUUUCAACGUCAUGAAGAGCCCAAGAUCACUACGGAUGAAUAUGAAACUGGUACCUACGUGUAUUUCGACUUUCACGUCGUCCACAAUGAUUACCAACAAGGCUGUCUGCUGUGCAGGUGUCAACGAAUCAAGACGGAGUUUACGUUUGAGUAUUGUUAUCUUGAGGAUGAGCUUAUUGUCUGAGGCUUUCAUUUGUUGGUGUCCCUUUAUAAUCAUCAACAAAUAGUUUUGUAAAUAGCUACAUAUGUUUUUUGAAUAAAGACUGAUCAUUCCAGAGGCA